AAGUAAAGGUGCACAAAUGGAAGCGGGUGGUGGCGUCCCUCUCGAGCGUGGACACUCCAGACUCCCCUCCUGGUGUCCAUGUCUGCAUUUGCCUCGUCCUCAGGGGCUCCUUUUGUUUUGGCAUCCGUCACGCUCCGAGGCGGAGGUAAAUCCCGCAGGGCCAGGGCCAGGGCCAGGGCCUCACGGGCGACCCUCCCAGCUGGGAGAGGUGGGUGCUGGUCUGCUCCAGAGACCCGCUUUGCAGGGGCUGACACCUGGCCUGUCUGCGCCCCACCCCGCCGUCCCCGCUUGAUGGCGUCUCACCUCUGCCCCGGCUUCCCUCCCUGCCCAGGGGGCGCCCGCGGCCUACGGGGCCCGACGCUCCCGAUCCCGAUCCGGGUUGGCUGCUGCCCCGCCCCCUUCGCCCUGCCGGAGCAACUGUUGCUAAAGGGGCGUGGCUCGACCUGGGAGUCAGGGAGCGUCCCGCGGCCUCAUGAAUAUUUGAGUAUUCAAAUGACGCUCCGACCCCGUUGCCAUGGCGCCCAGGGCCCGCAACCCCGCCCCCGGAAGAACGACCGACCCGGAGUCGCAGCGAGCCCCCGGCGGCGGCGGAGGGCGCCCAGGGCGGUGGCACACAGACCAAGCCCUCAGGUGAGGUCACUGAGGCGCACAGAGCCAGGGCUCGGCAACCCUCCCAAGGCCUCUGUCAGAGCCCAGCUGGCCACCCUCCCUGCCCUAAGCAUGGCGGAGAGGAUGCGUCUUGAACGUCCACAGAGGCUGAUAGAUAAGAACAGUGGCUGGUGACUAGCGCAGAGCCCUGUACGUUGUGGAUGCAGCGGGCAAGCAUCCUGCCCGCACACAGCCCGCGUUGUCUUGGGCCAGCCCAGGUCCCUCGUCAGGAUGACUGAAAGCACCUGAAGGCCUGUCCCCACACUGGCAGCCCCGUGCAUCUCGGCACCUGCUCGCUUCUGAGCGCUGUGACCUCAGUCCUGCCUGUCUCAGAUCCCCUGGACACAGUGACCUGGCCAGGAGGCCAAGCCACCUCUCUCCUGCAGGUGCCACUUGGGGACACAUACCGCCCCCUUGCCUGAAUGCUUGACCCGUGGUGGAAAAAGGCAGCUGCCUCAGCAGGUUGGAUGUGAAUGGACCAGGCCUGGGACAAAGCCCACGGGCCUUGGCCGAGCACAGCCGAUAUCCUGGUGCGGGAGCUGAGCUGGCAAGGCCCGCACAACCCCUGCCCGAAGAGCAAGGACCCGGGCAGCCAUGGCGAGCGGUUGGUAGAGGAGUACCUGUCACCUGCCCGACUGCGCGCCCUGGCCCGGGUAGAUGACCUUCGACUGGUGGGCAUGCUGGAGAUGUGCGUCAGCACCCGUGAGAGCAGCCUGGGGAACUUCGGGGUGCACCUGCCCAACCUCAGCCAGCUGAAGCUGAACGGUAGCUGCCUGGGCUCCGUGAGAGACCUGGGCACCUCCCUGGGCCGCUUGCGGGUGCUGUGGCUGGCCCGCUGCGGCCUGACCGACCUGGAUGGCAUUGGCUGCUUCCCGGUCCUGAAGGAGCUCUACGUCUCCUACAACAACAUCUCAGACCUGAGCCCGCUGUGCCUGCUGGAGCAGCUGGAGGUCCUGGACCUGGAGGGUAACAGUGUGGAGGUCCUGGAGCAGGUGCGUUACCUGCAGCUGUGCCCGAGGCUGGCCACGCUCACCCUGGAGGGCAACCUGGUGUGCCUGCGGCCGGGGCCCGGCCCCUGCAACGAGCCUCCACGGGGUGGUGGUGCCCAGCUAGGCCACAGCUCUGGGCUCAGGGGAGCUCCACAGGCCAGAGGACACCACUGGACCUUGGCUGUGAGCCUGGAGGGAAGGUCCGGAGGAAUCGGCCACGGGAGGGGCCCUGCUAGACCCAGGCCCGCCACGCCCUCCACCCUGCAGGUGCCCCCCGGCUACAACUAUCGGGCAGAGGUGAGGAAGCUCAUCCCACAGCUGCGGGUCCUGGAUGAGGUGCCAGCCACACACACGGCCGUGCCGGCCCCCCGGGAGCUGCGCCAGGACUGGCUCAUGGUGAAGGAGGCCAUCAAGGAGGGCAGUGUCUCCGAAGGCCUGUUCCCUGGGCUGGAUCAUCCCCACGGAGCCCCCAUCCGGACACUCGGCUCCCAGCUCUCCUUGCCUGAGACCCAGCCACGGGCCCCCAGGCCACGGCCCCUCUCCCUACUGGUCACUGGGGGUCCCCUGCCCGGAGGCCUGCUUCCCAAGGACCCAGCUCCACAGGACGACACCAGUAACCUCACCCACGGUGCUAGCCGAGUCCUCUGCGGAAACCCCACCAAAGGCCUGCGGGAGCGUCGACACCAGUGCCAGGCCUGGACACCUCCGGAGCAGCUGGCCCCACAGGAGGACCUGGCUGCCAGUGCCUCCACCCCAGGGCCUGACCCUGCAGACAGCAGUGACCUCCUGGCCUUGGCUAGGCUCCAGGCCCGGAGGGAGCUGCGCCUUCGUAGGUACCUGGAGUCCCAGCAGGAAGGUGCCACAGCCCCCUGGGGCCCACGGGGGGCGCCCGAAGAACAAGAGGACGAAUCUAAGCCCAGGACUCCCUCUGGCCCCCAAUGUCUGGUCCCAGAGUCUUCUAGGACCUCAGGCUGUAACCUGAUCCCCUCUCCCCCUAAGUUCCCCUUGCCAUCUGAUUCCAGCAACGCCUUCUGGGGGUCCCCAGACCUGCAGUUCAGGAGGCGUAGGCUCAGAGCCCUAGGCAGCUUGAGGCCUGGCCUGGGUCAGGGGCUAGCUGCGGCGACAGCUCUAAGAGGCCUGGAGGUGGCCUCGGGGCCGAACCCUCGAGCCCAAGGACGUCCCAGCCCAAAGCCAGCCCCGGAUCCAGCAGCCAGACCUCCCCGGCCUCCGGUGCGUGCAGCACCGGAACCCUGUCACCCCAGCCCAAUCCCGCCCCUAGUGUAACCCCCCACCCGCUGCCAAGCUGGCCUGGACUGCGGGCCAGGGAGCCCCAGUGUGGUCGUCGGAGCCCCAUGUGAACUCUGGCCUCAUGGAACCCAGAGCAUCUUGGAGUUUGUGUUGGGGGGCGGGAAAUAGGCUUGACAUAAGAGGGACCCAUCUUGGUGGAGGGGAGUUGGGGGGGUUGGGACUGCCAGGGGUGGGCACAAGGAAGAGCCCAGGAUAGGAGAGCCCAGUUCCCCACCGCUGGCCCCGCUGGCCCCGCUGCCCACUCCUUCCAUGGGGCCCGGCCUUCCCAGGAGGAGUGGUCAGAGCGGCGAACCCGGAGGACACAGGCUGGGCCCAGGCUGAGGUGGCCGGAGUGCAGCCAGGCCCCCCUCGCCCCCCGACCCUGGGGGAUUUGUGCGGGUCCUCGCCCACGCAGGGACAGGGCAGCCAGUGCCCUUCCCUUGGGAUAGGGCACCCCAAAACCAAGCGAAUCCGCUUUAAGGACUCUCAGGUGUACACGAAUGCGGUUUACUUCGUAGGCGACGUUGGUUCAAUAAAUCGUGCAGCUGGCA